CCAAACCCACUGACUCAACUCAUAAUUCCAUUGUAAUAGCUAAUUCUAGCUUGCACCAGAGAAAAAAUGGUUGCUAAGCUCAUUUUCUUCCUGAUAGCAUUGCCUCUUCUCCUUGUUCUUUCCUUGUUUUCCUCUUCAGCCUUCGCAGAUUCCUCUUCGAGCAGCCUAGCUGAGACUACUACUCAAGUCUCUGCUGGCUCGCUUUGCAAAUCUUUCCCCGACCCUUCAUAUUGCAAAUCCAUUCUUCCUAACAGCACUUCCAAUGUUUAUGAUUAUGGCCGGUUUUCGGUUCGUAAAUCUCUUUCUCAAGCCCGUAAAUUCUUGGACUUAGUCGACAAAUAUCUCGCCCGCCGAUCCUCUUUGUCUACAUCUGCUAUUCGUGCUCUUGAGGAUUGCCGGUUGCUGGCUGGUUUAAAUAUGGAUUUCUUGAUAAGUUCCUUUCAAACUGUUAAUUCCACAAGUAAAACCCUGAAUUCUGUGAAAGCUGAUGAUGUGCAAACCUGGCUUAGCGCCAUUUUAACCAACCAGCAAACCUGUUUAGAUGGUCUACAAGCCACAGCUUCUGCUUGGAGUGUGAAGAAGGGUCUCUUACUCCCUUUGUCUAAUGACACAAAACUUUACAGCGUUUCACUAGCUCUUUUCACCAAAGGUUGGGUUCCCAAGAACAAGAAAGGUUUCACAUGGCAGCCAACAAGAAAACAACUCGCGUUCAGAAAUGGAAGACUACCCUUGAAAAUGUCUGGCAAGACCCGUACAGUUUUUGAGUCGGUAAGUAGAAGGAAACUUCUCCAGACAGCAGAGGAAGAUGCGAUCAUGGUGAGUGGUAUAGUGACAGUGGAUCUAAAUGGAACUGGUGAUUUUUCUUCCAUCAAUGACGCUGUAGCAGCAGCUCCAAACAAUACUAAUGGUUCCAACGGCUACUUCAUGAUUUUUAUCACUGCUGGUGUUUAUGAAGAGUACGUUUCCAUUCCAAAGAACAAGAAAUAUUUGAUGAUGGUCGGAGCUGGUAUCAAUCAGACAGUGAUCACCGGAAAUCGUAGCGUUGUUGACGGAUGGACUACUUUCAAUUCUGCAACAUUUGCUGUGGUUGCACCAAACUUCGUGGCGGUGAACAUAACAUUCCAGAACACGGCAGGAGCAAUCAAGCAUCAGGCAGUUGCACUUCGCAGUGGAGCCGAUUUAUCCACAUUCUACAGCUGCAGCUUUGAAGGAUAUCAGGACACCUUAUAUACACAUUCUCUAAGGCAAUUCUACAGGGAAUGUGAUAUAUAUGGUACAGUAGACUUCAUAUUCGGAAAUGCAGCAGUUGUUUUCCAAAACUGUAACUUAUAUCCCCGGACGCCAAUGAGUGGACAAUUCAAUGCAAUCACUGCACAAGGUAGAACCGACCCUAACCAAAACACGGGUACUUCAAUACACAAUUGUACAAUUAAAGCAGCUGAUGAUUUAGCUUCAAGCAACCAAACAUUCCAGACAUAUCUUGGGAGGCCAUGGAAGGAGUAUUCAAGAACUGUUUAUAUGCAGAGUUUCAUGGAUAGUCUGAUAAAUCCUGCAGGGUGGCAGAUAUGGAGUGGGGAUUUUGCACUGAAGACGCUAUAUUAUGCAGAAUAUAAUAACACAGGACCAGGAUCUGAUACUACAAACAGAGUUACAUGGGAUGGUUAUCAUAUCAUCAAUAACGUUACUGAUGCUGGUAAUUUUACAGUUUCUAGUUUCUUGCUGGGAGAUGAUUGGCUACCUCUAAUUGGAGUUCCCUACACUGGUGGCUUAAUAAGCCUAAAUUAGGGUGAAAGUUGGUAUUAGGUUAGGAGUUUGUUCUUUGAUUUUUUUUGUAAUUGUUUUGACUUUGAAAUAAGCAAGCAAUGUGUUUUUCCAGAAAGUGAUUCAUUGAAGGCCGAACCCACAUGGAUAUAUAAUGUAAUUGUUUAUGCUUUACACACUAAAUACAAUAGCCUUUUAACCA